GCUUUGAGCCUGUUGGUGCCUCGGCUCAAGAUCCUACUCUACACCCCAAUGUCAUUCCCUGUGGAGCCCAGUGUACCUCGCAGAAAGAGAUUUAACAACAGUGCGUGGCACAGAAGAAUGGCGUCUCUAUUCAGCAGCCUUCCCCAGCUCGGCCUCGUCCUGCUCAUAGUAAUGACUGGCUUGAUGUGUUCCAACGCGUUCCAGCCCAAGGCCAAGCGUAAGAGAGUCUCGGAGAACAAGUACAGCGAGGAGCCGUGGACCGAGGAUCACCACGACCGGCCUCACAGGAGGUCCGGGGCGGGCGUGAAGGCUAGGACUCAUGGCGGGAUGUUAUCUUUUAUAGCCGGAGAGGAGGUUAUGGGCUCCCCCUUCCAGGUGGAGGCCGGGAAUUCGGGGCAGCCAAGUGCUCGGAGACCGGAGGAGUUCCAAAGCUUUGAUUUCCCUUAUAAUGAGAGAGAAAACCGUCCCCCAGGGACUCACUCCAAGGGGAGGAAGCAGCACAGAGAGCAGAGGAAGUCCAGCCAGAGGGAGCGGGCGAGGCACCACAGAGACCGAGGCUUGGAAGCUGAGCCCAGCAGCCUUUUGACAGAAGAUUUAAGCUUUCGAGACCCUACCCAGCUCCCCCACAUGGCGAUGACCCCGAGCCUAUCCUUUACCGGAUCUCCACUGAGCACCACCAAGCCAACGCCGACUAACGAGCGACCGACCGCUACGGUGGACACAAAGCGCCGUGUAAAGCCUCAUGGGAGGAAAGGAGCCGAUGUGACGCCUACACUGGAUAUGACCCUGUUUGACUGGACAGAUUAUGAAGACAUGAAGCCGGACACGUGGCCCUCGCCGAAGAAAGGUAAACAGAGAGAGAGGAUAAAUGCCACCUCAUUGUCUGAGGAGCCGUGUGACCAUCACCUGGACUGUCUCCCAGGCUCCUGCUGUGACCUCAGGGAACACCUCUGCAAGCCGCACAACCGGGGCCUCAACAACAAGUGCUACGAUGACUGCAUGUGCACUGAAGGUCUCCGCUGCUACGCCAAAUUCCACCGCCAUCAAAGAGUAACCAGGAGAAAGGGUCGCUGUGUCAAUCCUGAGUUCGUCAACAAAGAUCAAGGAUCGUUUAUUUCUGUCUGACGUAUUCCUCUAUGUGUUGGGAUAAGAAGUCGGCCGUCGUGCAGCUAUGCAGCACGUGUUCUUCGUCGCUGUCACCGCGAAUGACAAGGACACAUUCUUUCCUUAUAAUUCUAGUUAUUAAGACACACAUGACAGGGGUCCUAUUGGAGAUAUCUCUUCAGAACGGGAUUACACUCAGUGCUCUCAUCCGGGGGUUAGCGAGAAUCCCAUGCGCCAUUCAGAAGCCGCCGGUGACGCUACACGCUUUCGCUGCAUUGAUGUAAUGUCGCUCACACAUAGAUUAUACUAAUGGUUAUUUAUUGAAACUGUUAAACAAUCACUAAGCGUUUCCAUAGGAAGCAGCGGCGUAUAGCGACACCUGCAGCUCCUGGGCGGUACUACACCUCCAAUAAAUAAAACGUUUACUAGUAGAUUGUGACAGAGCAUCUGAAAGCUGCAGGAGAUGACGCAGAACACGGAUUUAUUAUAUAUAAGAUUACCACUAUGUCUCGGCUCAUGCGUCUGAAUCUGCCUAAACCUGGGAUUGCUGUACGCCCUGUCAUUCUGCCGCUCUGAUUUCUGCAUUGGGCGCAGAGCUUACACUUCAUUCAGGAUAAGAGCAUAGAUAGGUAUUGUACAAGGGUGGUCAGCUGCGGGGACGGAUACGUAUAUUUUGUGAGUUAGGUAUAAGGUUUUUGUAAAAGACGUGAAUAAUACAUGCACACACACAUAUACAUACAUGCACACACAUGUUGGCACAGUGGUGUUAUAUUUACAUAUGUGUAACACGUGUAGAAGGGGAUAAGGGCAGACAGAAAGCCACCGGUGGUAUUGCAGUUUUGCUCUGGUGCCUCAUACCUCUUAAUAUGUGACUUUUAUAUGUAAAUAAACGAUGAUUGGUUGUUUUGUC